CAACCUAAAACCCUCGUUUCAUUUGCUCUCUUCUCAUCGUUGUUUCUCUCUCCUCCAUAACAAUGGCGUCAACCUUAACACGCUCUCUCAUCUCUCUCCGUCCAUCACAUUCAAACUCCCUUUCUCUCUCCUCCUUCAAACGCUUCAUCUCUUCUUUCUCCUCUCCUUCCAUAACUUGUCCUCCUUCAGUCCCCACUUUCCCUUCCCCUACUCGUCCUUCCCUUCUCAUUUCUCACUCAGUCCGAGUCGUCGAACCCUCAGCUCGAUUCAAUUCGCUUCGUUGCCGAGUCAACCGUUCUGGUCCUUACUCGCCACUCAACAACUCGUCCGGGUCAAAUUUUAGUGACCGUCCUCCGACAGAAAUUGCGCCGUUGUUUCCAGGGUGCGAUUAUGAACAUUGGUUGAUUGUUAUGGAUAAACCUGGUGGUGAAGGUGCUACGAAGCAACAGAUGAUUGAUGCUUAUAUCCAAACCCUAGCUAAAGUUCUCGGGAGUGAAGAGGAAGCCAAAAGGAAAAUUUACAAUGUUUCCUGUGAGAGGUACUUUGGGUUUGGUUGUGAAGUUGAUGAAGAAACCGCAAAUAAAAUGGAAGGUCUUCCUGGAGUUCUUUUUGUGCUUCCUGAUUCUUAUGUGGACGCUGAAUACAAAGAUUAUGGAGCGGAGCUAUUUGUGAAUGGUGAAAUUGUCCAGAGAACUCCAGAAAGGCAAAGAAGAGUGGAACCAGUGCCUCAACGGAAUCAAGAUAGACCAAGAUACAAUGAUAGGACUCGGUAUCAAAGGAGAAGGGAAAAUAUGAGGUGAUGACGUUGAGAGGGUGUGUUUUGGCCUGUUGAACUGACAGGACUAAAGAAGUUUCGUAUACUGAUAAAACCUGGUUGUGCUGAAGUACGUGAUUUGUUGGAUGGUGUUAAGCUUACAGAGUAUCGAUAACGUGAAAAUGUCAUUUGAAGUUCUCUAUGGUCCUCUUUCUAAGUCUUCUCAUAGGACUUUUUCAUGGUGUCAAAUUCAGACCUUUUAUCACUUUGAUUACUAGUAUAAAAGACUUGUAUAAAAGUAUGUUUUGCAGCUCUCCGGACGAAGUUAUGAACUAUUUAUUGGAGUUAGACUUAAGACUGAGACUUAAAACAUGGUAAGUGGUAAGUAGACUUGUUCUACUUGCACAUUGUUUUCAUCUAUAAAAUGCAAAUCCCAUAACUUUGGAUAAGCUC